AUGGCAGCUCCAAAACUUGGAUUCUUCGAAAAGAUCGCCAAUCUCUCUGGGGCGUUGUACCGUCACCAAGCUGCUCAAUUCCCACGUCGCCUCCAGAUUUUGAAGGCUGUCGGAAAGCACGAGCUCGCUCCACCACGUCAAGCUGAUUGGCCAGCCAUCAAAGCCGACUGGGCCAAGGUUCAAAACUUCAUCCAAGCCGGAGGAUACAAGAAAUUGACUGUUAAGGAAGGACUCGUCUACACUGCCGUCACCCUUGAGAUCGCUUUCUGGUUCUUCGUCGGAGAAAUGAUUGGCCGUCGCUACGUCUACGGAUACCUUGUUCCUGCCGACUUCGUCUCCUCGUCUACCAAGAAGGCCGUCAAGGAGCAAGAACGUCUUGCUGCUCUCGAGAACUAA